AUGGGAGUAAUCGCCGGGAUCGCAAUCUGUAUCUGUAUGUGUAUGAAGAGCAGCCGAGGAACCCGUGUAGGAGUCGUCCGAGCCACACAUAUCAAUACGAUCAACUCGUACUCAGUUUCUCCGCCACCGUAUAGUUAUGAUUUUGAGAUGGAGUAUCCUAUGGACCUUCCUCCAGCCUACACACCAUCUCCACCAGUGUCUGUACAAUACCCUGCUCCACCUCCUUACCCCGGUUCUCCAGGGAAAUAA